UUUGACACCAUCCUGCUUUUGCUCAUCCUUUACUACAAUGGGAACAUCAAGCACAGUGUGAUCUACAUUGCACUAUUUGUAGGGGGAUGGAAACUUGUCACACUACAAGAUUGGAUCAUUGAUCUGGCUAUGAGCGCCUGUACCUUCAUCAGUGCCAGCAGUAAGUUUGCCUCCGCCCAGUGCCUGUAUCAGUCCAAGGACUCAUCCGGGGUCAGUGCCCUCGCCUGGAGCAUAUCCUUCUACACCUGCCUGGCGAGGAUGUUCACUACAAUCAUGACAACGACAGACAUACAAGUUCUUACCCGGUUUGCUGUCUUGUCAUCGCUCAAUGGAUUUGUGCUGUCCAUGAUAUUCCACUACAGAAGAGGUGUCAAAAAGGUGGAAUGAGCUUUGGAGAAGAGAGUCUGUCAGUCACCUGGGUCAUGUUCUUCAGGCACCAAAUAGAAGAAAACGGUCUGAAACAAGGAGGGACUAUCUGUACUUGUCCAAUAAGAAACACUCAUUUGAAUUUGCAAAAUGUUUUUAAAUGUUUUCUUUUGUGUGCCCUGAUGAAUACGUCCCUGACUUGUGAAACCACUAACAAUAAAUGAUAUAUUUUGGUCCCAGAACAACCAAUAGAAAAAAAGUGUCUUAAACACGCAAUAAAUAAAUAUUCUCUGUUGAUGUCUUAUAGAGUACAGUAUAUUUCUUUUCAACAAGCUAUGUAGUAGACGGCAGUCAUACAGUACAAUACAGUACAUAAAUAUGAAAUAUAUUGAUACAGUUCUGUCUGAGGGUCACCAUAGUUUACGGAAGCAUGUGAACUGAGGAGCGAGAAGCUCUUGGGUGAAGUUUCUCCUAGGUACAGAUCUAGGAUCAGCUUUCCCUCCCACAAUCCUUCCCUUAACCAUUAUUGGGGGAAAUGCUAAACUGAUCCAGGAUCAGCAUCUGGGGGCAACUUCACUCUAUAUGAUUGGGGCGACUGCUAAAUAAUAUUCCCAUAUUGUACAUCAUGGUUCACCUUAUUCUGUCAUAAAGACAAACACUUUAGCCUGGACCCAGAUCUGUUUGUGCUGUCAUGCCCCUAUGGUCGUUGUUGUUGGCAAGACAGCACAAACAGACCUGGGACCAGGCUACAACACACUUACUGAUUUGAAUGAAAUAAUGCACUCAUCUGAAUAUCAGUUGUGGACUGAACUCAGAUUUCAAUCUUGACAAUAAUUGUUUUUCUUUAUAUAUAGCCCAUCUUGAAACAUUACAGGGAAAUAUACUGUAUAUAUCAUAUGUGCAGUGAAAACUUUAGUUUUCGUAAAAAUA